AUAUUGAGGGAUAAUUUGACCAUUAAUGAGGCCGCCUUGUGCCCACAUUCAUUAUUUAUUGAAUUAUAAAUACAUUUUGACAUUUCAUUUAUCAUUGUGCACUUUUUAUUCUACAUUCUACAACUAUCAAGAGAAUCAAAGAAAUCGCUUAUUUAGUGAACAAAUGCUACUACCCAUUUUUAAUGCGGUGGCGCGUGGCAAUUGCUUUUCCGAAAUUAUGGGCUCCCCGUACUGAAUUAAAUUAUUCGCGAAUCAUUAUUUAUCCCGAAAUGAAUCAUUUCAUUGAUAGAUACCUGUCAAUCUAGAAAUAUUUUUAUCUCGCCCCUCACCCCCAAUGAUGAUUAUAUAAGAAUGAAUACUUUCCACUGCCAUAAAUCCUAAAAAAAAAUUCCAAAAUUCUCUGCGCUUCCAAUUUUCCGAUGAACGAAUCAUCCUGCGACGAAUUAGGGGAAACUUAUCACGCUCCGCCGGAUCACGUAACGCGUAAAUUUAGGAAAAUGCGCGCCUUUCGGGCUUCCGCCAUUUUGUGUGACGUGCAGCUCGUGGCUAUAGAUGAUUCGACAACCAUAGGCCCCGCAGAAGGAGACCCAGCGAAUAAGGUAACAGAAGGCUUCUCGCUCAAUAACGAUACAGAUAAUAGUCACUCGGGGAGGGAUUUUACAAUUCAAGACUCUCCUAGAAAAUACGUGGCUCCGGCUCACAAACUAGUACUGGCUUCGUGCUCGGACUAUUUCGCCGCCAUGUUUGGUCGCGCGCAGCAUUUAGAAGCCAACCAGUACCGGGUGGAGAUCGGGGGAGUCGAGUCCGCCGUAUUGUCCCUCGUUGUGGAUUACAUGUAUAGCGGUUUCAUCGAAAUCAAAGAAGAAAACGUUGAAAAAAUCUUGUCGACCGCGAAUCUUCUUCAACUUCCAGAUUUGGUUCAAGCAUGUUGCAAUUUUUUGAUCGAGAGACUUAACCCCCUGAACUGUUGCGGUAUCAGAGCCUUCGCCGAUUCUCAGUGUUGUAGCAAAUUGUACAAAAUCUCUGAAAAUUUCAUCAUCGACAAUUUUUUACACGUCGUAAAAACGCAAGAGUUUUUAUUGCUACCUUUCGAACAAAUCCUAUCACUGCUGAGAAGCGAAGAAUUAAAUAUAACGCACGAGGAAAGCGUGUUCAAAGCCAUGAUGAAUUGGGUUAGACACGAUGUGGCCAAAAGGGGAGUGCAUAUAUCCCAGCUGAUGGGUUCCAUCAAACUGUCUCAGUUAUCACCUCAAUUUAUAGGCGAAAAUGUCGAAAUGGAACCGCUCCUCAAUCAAGAUCCCGAAUGCCAGAAGCUCAUCAUGGAAGCUCUGAUAUAUAACUUGUUACCGUCGAGGAAGGUUCUGGGACAAAAUCCUAAAAAAAUGAUCGCCAGGAAAGGCACGAUUGGCACUGUUUACGCUAUUGGCGGUAUGGAUAUCAGUCGAAACUCUACCGGCGUGGAAAUUUACGAUUACCGAAAAAACGAAUGGACCAAAUACCCCACUCGCCAGAACUGCCCACCCAUUUCGGAAUCGAAUCCUUCCAAUUUAUCCACCUCGUUCAAUAUGGCAACCUCGCUCCAUGCUUCUUCGACUCAAAUUAUGCCUCCAGCCUUUUUAUCCUCCAACAAACGACUCCAAUUCGGGGCCGUUUACAGUGCCGGCAAGAUAUACCUCAUAGGCGGUCGCGAUGGACUCAAAACGCUGAGUUCCGUGGAGUGUUACGACAUGAGAACGAGCGGUUUUCGUGACGCGGAGUAUGACUAUACGAACGAGGUCAGUACCAGGGUAAGAAGCGAUAGACCUAACGAAAUGGCUACGAAUGAAUCAUGCGCUGGAAUGAUAACUCCUAGGCACGGAUUAGGCGUUGCUACGCUAGGUGGUCUUAUAUACGCCGUUGGCGGUCACGACGGGUGGAGUUAUCUUAACACCGUGGAAAGAUACGACCCCCAAGCCAAGACCUGGAGUUUUGUGGCUCAGAUGAACUUGGCCCGUAGUACGGUUAGCGUAGUGGCCUUGGAUAACAAGCUCUAUGCGAUAGGCGGUCGAGACGGGAACAAUUGUUUGCGCUCUUGCGAGCGUUACGAUCUUCAUAGGGACAAAUGGUGCCACCUGGCUAGCAUGGCCGAACCUAGAGGGAGUGCUGGGACCGCUACCGUAGCGGGCCAUAUUUAUGUGGCCGGAGGCCACAAGAGUUCUCACAAAUCGCUCAACGCCACUUUUUACCGAUCAGUCGAAAGAUACGAUCCUCAAACCGAUACUUGGACCACGGUUAAUAGAAUGAAAGUCGCCAGGGAUGCCGUAGGUCUUUGUUCUUUGGGCCAAGACCGCAUUUUAGCUGUAGGGGGCUACGAUGGCUUCGAAUACCUGAAAUCCGUCGAAAUAUACGAUCCUUACGUCAAUCAAUGGACAGAAGUAGCUCCAUUGAAAUCGGAAAGAGCGGGCACUUGUUUGGUAUGCUUACCUCCCGAACAACAAACGAAUUGCCUAUACAGAAUCCAGGGAGAAAAUGCAAAUAUUCUUGACCACGGCAAUAACAUUAGGAACAAUAAUAACAAAGCUUCUAAGGAGGAAGAGGAUAUCAUCAAUUCGCAAACAUUUACCGUAGGGAGUCUAUCCUUGAUUACAGAAUUGAUGGACAGAAUUCCUUAAAAAAAAGAUACUUUAUAUUAUUUUAUUCCUUGCAAUUAUAUUUAUAUUAAUUUAAAACCUAAUGUAUUUUUUUUUAUAUAAAGUUUUGUCUUGUCAUCUCAUUUUAUGCAUUGAUUUUUUAUUUAUAUAGUACAGCUUUGGAUA